GCCGGCGGCCCUGGGCGCGCAGCCCUGCCCUCGGUGGCCCAACCCCCCAUUCAGUGUGCCGCGGCCGUGACUCGCUGCCCAGUGACGCGGGGCGGCCCAACUUUACGUAACCCGCCCCGCGCCCGGUGUCCACAGAGGGUACACCCAGGGCGCGGAGGCCCAGGCGUGGAGAGUUGCUCCAGUCAUGGUGCCCCCCAAAGGGCGCUGUGGCUGCAGUCCACCCCCACUGGGCCCGGCUCUGUAACUUAGUUACCCACCGCGUGUGGACGGAGCCUGUCCUCUGACACAGCCCCUUGCGACCAAGGGCUUACCCUUGAGAAAAUACAGAGGGGAGCUUGGGCCAGGGCCAGCGCAGGACCAGGGCUUGGAGGCCACGGUUCGGGUUGGUGCAGGGGGCUCAGAGGCAAAGUUAGGACCCAAGUUUGGUUUCCUGCGGGUUGGGGCUCCCUCCACUUCUGGAAUGAGCCUGAAACGGGAGAUGAAGAAGCUGAAACGCAGAGAAGGAAAGUGAUACACCCAAAGACACAGAACUAGUCAUCGCAGUGCACUAACCAGGUGGCCUGCCCCAGGCCUCUGCCCUGAGGCUGGGAGGCGCCAGCCACCAGCAUGCCUUGGGACGCGCAGCGGCCAGGGGGCGGCGCAGACGGCGGGGCUGAGGGCGCAGGCGCGGCGCGCUCGCGGGCGCAGAAGCAGUGCCGCAAGUCGUCGUUCGCCUUCUACCAGGCUGUGCGGGACCUGCUGCCCGUGUGGCUGCUCGAGGACAUGCGCGCCAGCGAGGCCUUCCACUGGGACGAGCGCGGACGCGCCGCCGCCUACUCGCCGUCGGAAGCGCUGCUCUACGCGCUUGUGCACGACCACCAGGCGUACGCGCACUACCUGCUGGCCACGUUUCCGCGGCGCGCGCUCGCGCCGCCCAGCGCGGGCUUCCGCUGCUGCGCGGCGCCCGGGCCGCACGUGGCGCUGGCGGUGCGCUACAACCGCGUGGGCAUCCUGCGCCGCAUCCUGCGCACCGUGCGCGACUUUCCGGCGGAGGAGCGCGCGCGCCUGCUCGACCGGCGGGGCUGCAGCCGCGUGGAGGGUGGCGGCACGUCGCUGCACGUGGCCUGCGAGCUGGCGCGCCCCGAGUGCCUCUUCCUGCUGCUCGGCCACGGUGCCUCGCCUGGCCUGCGCGACGGCGGCGGCCUCACGCCGCUGGAACUGCUCCUGCGCCAGCUGGGCCGCGACGCCGGGGCCACGGUCACUGCCGCCGCCGCCAACGCCGCCACCGGGCCGCCUGCACCCGGGGAGCCGCGCCAGCGCCGCCUGCUGCUGCUCGACCUGCUGGCGCUGUACACGCCCGCAGACGCCGCCGGCCCGGCCCGCCGAGAGCUGCUGGGCGACCGGCCGCGCUGGCAGCGGCUGCUGGGGGAGGACAAGUUCCAGUGGUUGGCGGGCCUGGCGCCACCCUCGCUCUUCGCGCGUGCCAUGCAGGUGCUGGUCACCGCCAUCUCGCCCGGCCGCUUCCCCGAGGCCCUGGACGAGCUGCCGCUGCCACCCUUCCUGCAGCCGCUGGACCUCACUGGCAAGGGCUAGACCGUGGGGGCAUCCUGGCGCUGGCUUUUUGGAGAAUACUAUUUUUCAGAGCGUUGUACCCGGCACUUUACAUACAUUGUCUCUGUACGCGGAA